AUGAUCCUAUUAACUAUCGAUUCAACAGUUGCUUUAAAAUUUCUUGGAAAAGCUGCAGGGACAAUUUUUGCUCUGUCGUUAUUGAUCGCUGGUCAAGUUCAACACUUUGCAGCUACAAUUGCUGGCCAAGUAGUGCAAGCAAUGAUGGAAGAACUUAUAAGUUGGAAGAAUGUGAGACCAUGGACUCAAGAUGGAUUUAAUAGCAUGUUGGUGGCAAGUCAAGUGGCAUUGAGUAUUCAAUUGCCAUUUGCUGUUAUUCCAUUGAUUUAUUUUACUAAAAUUUUGUAUGAAUAG